CUGUGCAGGAAAGAUAGUAGUGGAAAUAGGGCAGGGUCCAGGGACUGGACAUAAUAUUCGCAUUGGUAUUCAUUAUUCUAUGGGCAUGGUUUCUAGAUGAUAGGCUAUUCAUUGCGCGGCUGCACAGAUUUGGACAGUAAACCAGAUCUGCUUUCUAGGUCGAUGGAUCAACCGAAAACAAGUUUAUGUGGGAUUUGUAACGAUUGAAACCUGUGUUAGUGCGCAACUUCGGAAACUAAGUGGAGUCGAUCUGGCGACGCGCAAGAAUGUCGCAAUUGAGUGGUAACUGGUACUUUCCAUAGGAUCGGUAGCUGUAUAUGAGUAGCCUAUGUGUCGUGACUUCACAGUAACGGUGUCUUUCAAUGGUCGUAGUACGCACUAUCUUGGUUCAUGAUCAUUGCAGAUCGCACAAUUUCAUGCGAAACCAGGAAUGAAUUUACAGGAGGUUGACCCAUAUCACCAGACUGUUGUUUACCUGUGUUGAAAUACCUUCAAAUAGUAAGGACAUUUUCCUUGCGUGCCUUUUGUAUAUAAUGUCUUCGAGGAAACGUGCGUAAUGUUGACUUUGGGUGUAUGGAGAUGUUGGGCAACGGAGUAUCCAUAACAACACAGAGGGAUUGUCAACCAAAACAGACUUUGAAAAACAAUGAGUCAAGAUGAAGGGAUAUCCUUGUCGGUCCCCUCUUCUAGUCCUGGUUCGAACACAGAGGGUGCCCGCGGGGGAUCUGCUGGCUCCCGGGAAGAGAGAGGCUGUGGUGACCCCAUCCCCGCCGCUGGGACAUUCUGGCACGACUCUGUGGUCAGCGGAAGCAUCAGUCCGAGUAUCCUGAGCUGUCCGAUGGACAGUGGCUGCUUGUUAUCUACGGGGAAAUGUAAAAGCAGGGCCGUCACCGUGGCAUAUGUCGUCAACAGCGAGCUCACUCAACUGCACACCGCAGAGAACAUGGCUCUGCAUUGCCUGAAAGACGCGUGCGAGUCCGUGGGAAGUCAACUAGAAAUAAUAAAUUUUGGAAAGAUCGACUUUGGGGAGACGUGUGUGCUUGACCAGUUCUAUAAUGCAGACAUAGCUGUAGUGGAGAUGACGGACGCUUUCCGCCAGCCCUCCCUGUUCUACCACCUAGGUGUGAGGGAGAGCUUCAGCAUGGCCAACAAUAUCAUCCUGUACUGUGACACCAACUCCGACUCACUACAGUCCCUACAGGAGAUCGUUUGCCAGAAGAACACUACAUGCUCAGCCAACUACAGCUUCAUCCCAUACAUGGUGACACCCCACAACAAGGUGUACUGCUGCGAGAGCAGCCUGAUGAAGGGCCUGACGGAGUUGAUGCAGCCCAGCUUCGAGAUGCUGCUGGGGCCCAUCUGCAUGCCCCUGCUGGACCGCUUCGUCCAGCUGCUCAAGGUGCCACAAGCCAACUCCUGCCAAUACUUCAGAGAAACCAUUCUCAACGAGCUCCGGAAAGCGCGGGAGUUGUUCACGGGGUCGGAGCUGGCCUCAGAACUCAGCCGUAUUCAACAACGAUUGGACAACGUAGAGUGCCUUUCAGCUGACAUUGUCAUCAACCUGCUUCUGUCCUACAGGGACAUCCAGGAUUAUGAAUCUAUAGUGAAGCUGGUGGAGACCUUGGAGAAGCUUCCUACAUUCGACCCUGUGGCCAAUCCCCAUGUCAAGUUCCACUAUGCCUUUGCACUGAAUCGGAGGAACCUCCCGGGGGACCGUCAGAAGGCCCUGGACAUUAUGCUGCCCCUGGUGGAGUCUGACAACCAGGUGGCCUCAGACAUCUACUGUCUGGUGGGACGCAUCUACAAGGACAUGUUCCUAGAGUCCCACUUCACUGAUACCAAGAGCAGGGACAGUGGCACAGCCUGGUUUAAAAAGGGGUUUGAGUCCGAGCCGACACUACACUCUGGCAUCAACUACGCCGUUCUACUCCUGGCAGCGGGACACCAGUUUGACGCCUCCUUCGAGCUCCGCAAAGUCGGAGUUAAGCUGAGCAGCCUCCUGGGGAAGAAGGGGAGCCUGGACAAGCUGCAGAGCUACUGGGACGUGGGCUUCUUCCUGGGCGCUAGCAUCCUGGCCUGUGACAACACUAGGGUCAUACAGGCCUCAGAGAAGCUCUUCAAACUCAAGGCCCCCGUCUGGUAUCUGAGCUCUCUCGUGGAGACCAUCCUAAUUUACCAGCAUUUCAAAAAGCCCUCUGUCGAGCAGCCACCACCCAAACAGGAACUGGUGGACUUCUGGAUGGACUUCCUGGUGGAGGCCACAAAGAAAGACGUCUCAUCUGUCCGCUUCCCAGUGUUGAUACUGGAGCCCACGAAAGUCUAUCAGCCCUCGUACUUGUCCAUAAACAACGAUGUGGAGGAGAACACUGUCUCCAUCUGGCAUGUUGCUCCUGAUGACAAGAACAGGGGGGUCCAUGAGUGGAACUUCAGCGCCAUGUCAGUACGGGGUGUCAGCAUUUCCAAGUUUGACGAGCGCAGUGCCUUCCUGUACGUGCUAAACAACUCUGAGGACUUCCAGAUCUAUUUCUGCACAGAGAUGCACUGCAAAAGGUUCUGUGAUCUGGUCAACAGCAUCGCAGAAGAAACAUGGAAAGGCUCCGAAGAGGGGGAGUGUGACGCUGACGCCCUAGAGUACGACUAUGAGUAUGAUGAGCUCGGGGAGAGGGUGGUUCUGGGAAAAGGCACAUUUGGAGUGGUGUACGCAGGCCGGGACCUUAGCAACCAGGUGCGGCUGGCCAUCAAGGAGAUACCGGAGAGAGACAGCAGGUAUUCUCAGCCCCUCCACGAGGAGAUUGCCCUUCACAAACACCUGAAGCACAAGAACAUUGUGCAGUACUUGGGCUCCAUCAGCGAGAAUGGUUUUAUCAAGAUCUUCAUGGAGCAGGUUCCCGGAGGAAGCCUGUCUGCCCUGCUGAGGUCUAAAUGGGGCCCUCUGAAGAAUAACGAACCCACCAUCGGCUUCUACACCAGACAGAUCCUGGAGGGGCUCAAAUAUCUCCAUGACAACCAGAUCGCUCACAGAGACAUCAAGGGAGACAAUGUGCUAAUAAACACAUAUAGUGGAGUUCUGAAGAUAUCUGACUUUGGCACCUCUAAACGGCUUGCUGGGAUCAACCCCUGUACUGAGACUUUCACUGGGACUCUACAGUACAUGGCCCCUGAGAUCAUAGAUAAAGGCCCUCGAGGCUACGGCAAGCCUGCAGACAUCUGGUCUCUUGGGUGCACCAUCAUUGAGAUGGCCACUGGGAAACCACCCUUCUACGAGCUGGGGGAACCACAGGCCGCCAUGUUCAAGGUCGGCAUGUUUAAGAUCCACCCUGAGAUCCCAGAUUCCAUGUCCAUGGAGGCCAAGGCCUUCAUCCUGCGCUGCUUUGAGCCCGAUCCCGACCAGAGGGCCACCGCCCUGCACCUGCUCACAGAUGAGUUCCUCACUGUCACCAGCCGCAAGAAGAGGGGCAAGAGCAGCUUCACAGCUCUUACACCAGCAGGUUCAGAGUACCUGCGCAGCAUCUCCCUGCCAGUGCCUGUGGUGGUGGAGGACACCAGCAGCAGCAGUGAGUACGGCUCCGUCUCCCCUGAGAAUGACCUCAACACCAACCCCUUCAUCUUCAAGCCCAGCACCAAGUGUUACAGCGAUCGGGACGUCAAGGGAACCCGCUCCCUGUUCCUCAGUAUCCCAGUGGAGAACUUUGAGGACCACAGUGCUCCUCCGUCUCCUGAUGAGAAAGACACUGGGUUCUUCAUGCUGAGGAAGGACAGCGAGAGAAGGGCCACUCUGCACCGCAUUCUCACUGAGGACAGAGACAAGGUGGUGGCCAACCUCGUGGAGGCUCUCAAACAGGGUUCUGAGACAUCCGACACCAAGUUGAGACAUCAGCAUAUCUCCACCCUGGUGGUCAGUCUGGGGGACUUUGUGCGCAUGGCGGACAGGAAGAUCAUAGCCAACACCCUCUCCCAGCUCAAACUGGAGCUAGACUUUGACAGCACGGCCAUCAGCCAACUACAGGUGGUGCUAUUCGGGUUCCAGGAUGCAGUAAACAAAGUACUACGAAACCACAACAUCAAGCCCCACUGGAUGUUCGCCCUGGACAAUAUCAUCCGUAAAGCGGUGCAAACUGCCAUCACCAUUCUGGUGCCAGAGCUGAGGCCCCACUUCAGCCUGGCCUCGGAGAGUGACCCGGCCGACCAGGAUAAUGUUGACGAUGACGUUGAGCCUGAGGAUUCCGCCGUCCACCAGAGCAGAGCCCCUCCCAACACUGCCCAUGAUGACACGGUCGCCACCUCCGGCGUGAGCACACUCAGUUCCACCGUUUCACACGAAUCCAAUAAUGCCCAGCGCUCCGUCAGCAUAGAACUAGGCAGGAUGAAGCUGGAAACCAGCAGGCUAAUGGAGCAGUUGCUAGAGAGGGAGGGAGAGUACCAGGCCAUCCUCCAGCAGGUCCUGGAUGAGAGGGAAGAGGGGAUCAAAUUACUGAGGAUCUGCUCAGAGCCUAUCUAUAUGCCUACAUUAUCAGUGAGCCAAAGGAGCAAGUCCACUAUGAGCCAUGGUGACCCAAAGCUGAUCAAGUGGCUGAAACUCCAAGGCGCUGACGAUGACUCCAUGGACAGGAUUCUGACCGAGGAUUACACGUUAGAUGACCUUCUCCACUAUGUGACGAGAGACGACCUGAAGAGUUUGAGAUUAAGAGGUGGGAUCCUGUGUAAGCUAUGGAAGGCCAUCACAGACUACAGAGAGAAGCCUGCGUGAGGAGCCUUCGUGUGCCAUUAGCCACUGCUACAGUACAGGAACUUUACCACAGCAACAACAACAACAACUGAGUGUUCUCCUCAACUCUUACCACUGCACUUUAAUCUCAGUAUUUAUUAGACCAAGAAUCCAGUGUAGUUGAUCAUGUGUGGAGUAUUGCCAUUAUUGUGUAAGGGAGACCUAUGGAAUAUUGUGUGUGUUAGAGAGACCUUGUUGGGUUAUGGAAAUGUUUUUUGGGAAUUAUUAUUUUCAAACUGAGUUACUUUUUCAUGUAAAACUAUAAACGCAACAUGCAACCAUUUCAAAGAUUUGACUGAGUUAUAGUUCGUAUGAGGAAAUCAGUCAAUUGAAAUAAAUUCAUUAGGCCCAAAUCUAUUGCGCUAUUUUUGUGCAUUCAAAUUGCCAAUCGAUAAAAUGCAAUUGUGUUCUUUGUCCAUAGUUUAUGCCUGCCCAUACCAUAAUGCCACCGCCACCAUGGGCCACUCUGUUGACAUUAGCAAACUGCUCGCCCACACGACGCCACACACAUGGUCUGCGGUUGGACGUGCUGCUACAUUUUUUAAAACAACAUUGGAGGUGGCUUAUGGUAGAGAAAUUAACAUUCAAUUCUCUACCAACAACUCUGGUGGACAUGGCUGCAGUCAGCAUGCCAAUUGCACGCACCCUCAAAACUUGAGACAUCUGUGGCAUUGUGUUGUGUGACAGAACUGCACAUUUUAGAGAGGCCUUUUAUUGUCCCUGGCACAAGGUGCACCUGUGUAAUGAUCAUGCUGUGGUUACCAGCUUCUUGAUAUGCCACAGCUGUCAGGUGGAUGGAUUAUCUUGUCUUGUCAAAUUUGUGCACACAAUUUGAGAGAAAUGAGCUUUUAGUGCGUAUUGAACAUUUCUGUGAUCUUUUAUUUCAGCUCAUGAGAACAUUUGUUUGUACUUUUGUUCAGUGUAAAUAAGCACCACUGGUUUUAUAAUGUUCAACAGUUGUGACAUGUUUUAAGCUGGUGCUCCAAGAUUCACAGGACAAACAGUGGAACAUUACCUAUAAAUAGCUGAGAAUGUGUUUAAAAUUUAAAUGUUAUUUGGUUGUAGAAUUAUCUCCUUACUAUCAUUUGUUAACAACACAUGAGACUGACCAUUUUCUAAACCAAGCCUGAGAGAUAAAAUACAAUGUUAACUGAUGUGUUUGAGCUGCUGUACAUUAUGUUGAUUAACAACAUUGUUAUUGUCAGUGGCUUCUUAUCACUACUUUAUUUAAACGUGUUUUUAUGCAUAUUGUCUACUCUCAAGGCCAUCACUGCAUGCAUACCCUUUUGUACCUUUUUGUUUAACUGUCUGUGACGGCUUUGAAUCAUCAAAACUUUUGACUUCAUUUGUUCAAGUAAUUAUUUAACAUUUAUGUAAUUUUAAGAUUUUUUGGGGGUGUGAUUUUAGGGGAAAUUAUGUAAAUAUAUUGCAAAUAUUAUGACAGUAAAUUGCUAUUUUUAGUUAAACAAUUUACAAAAACCUAGAUGUCCUAUUUAAUGUGCAACACAAAGUUAAGUUGGGUAAUUUAUAGAUAUUAUCGAUACUGGCGAUGGAACAAAAUGAUCUAACCUACACAUUAUACUUCCACAUGUCAGAUUUUGUAUGAUAUUUGAUCGGAAGAAACAGAUGACCCAAUUGAUAUUUUACUCUAUUGAAGAUGUAUUUUUGUUGUAUAUUUGGGGAAUUAUAGUUUUAGCCUGCCUUCAUUUGUAUAUUAUAUGAUCUUUAAAGCGGCAAUCAGCAGUUGAAAGGAUAACAAAGUGGUCUCCCUGCCCCUGGCAUUUAUAAGCUACAUUCUUCAAGAAUCAAUAGGUACAUAUCAUUCAUUCACAAGUCCAAAAAUGUAUAUAGCAACUGCAGAUUGCCCCUUUAAAAAUGCAAAUUCUUUCAAUCAAAUGUGUGUUUGAUUUCAAUUCAGAAACGAAAACAAGAUGGUCAUAUUGUUGUACCACCAACCUCUUUUAUUUAAAAUAUUUCUGUCAGAAAUACACAAAUUACGUUUUGCUCAAAUAUGUCCGUUUUGUUUUCAUAUUCAUGAUAGAUUGAUUACAUUAUUUGUGCAAUAACAUAUUGUUGUGUAACACAAAACAUCGUCUUAAUCUUAACUGUGAAAUAAAGUGUAAACUGAAA